CUGUUGGCAGUUCAGUACCGCGUGGCCGCGGCUUUUGAUCAGACGCGAGUUGUUAGUGUUGUAGGAUAUAAAAGACAUGUUGCCGCCAAACUCGCAACACGUGCCGCGGCAGGAGCAGCCAGUGCAGCUACAGCAUCAGUCUGCGCAGGAAACACCGGAGAAGACUGUUGCAGUGAAAGAGGAGCGCCGGGGAGUGAAGCGUCAGUACCGGCAGCAGUUAUCUCCAGUUCGGAAGAGGAUUCCGUCAUCGAGCAGUGUUGAUGGCCAGGAUUCAACAUCAGAUACAGAAUUUGGAAUGGCUAUUGAAAGCAAUGGAAGUGCAAGUCGACCAUCUAAGGCUGGCCAAGUCCAGCGAGGUGGCUCACCAACCAUUGGCAGUGGUGCACAUCACCACCAUACACAACAGAACAGUCCAGCCAACCGGAAACGCCGUGGCAACUUGCCAAAACAUUCUGUUAGAAUUUUGAAGAAAUGGUUGUAUGAGCACCGUUUCAAUGCUUAUCCAAGUGAUGCCGAAAAGUUGCAACUGUCACAAGAAGCUAAUCUCACAGUUCUCCAGGUUUGCAAUUGGUUCAUCAAUGCAAGACGUCGCAUUCUUCCUGACAUGAUUCGAAGUGAAGGGCAUGAUCCACAGCAUUAUACAAUAUCAAGAAGAGGGAAGAAGCUGUCUGCCGGAGGACAUACUCACCAUAAUGUCACCAAUGGCAGUCUUCAUUCUGGCAAUUCAACUUCUUGUUCCGCAUCUUGGGGGGAUGUACCAUCAGCAGCAGAGGUAGUAGCCAACACAUGUAACCCGGCCAAGAGACCAGCAGUCUAUGAUCAUGAUUAUGAAGAAGGUGCCACUCUGGGUUAUCAUUGUGAAGACAGUGCAAGCCCACACGAAUAUGAAAGCAGUUCACUGAGCGAAGAAGAAAGUGGUCUCGGACGGGGUGUCCGCCAGGAGAGUCAGUCAUGGCAGAGUGUAAUUGUGUGCCACUACAAUGAACAAGAUACCAAUACCAAAGAGAACAUAACUACGCAUCCAGUUGCUCGAGGAGGGGAGCACCCAGCACCAGAUGUCAGCAGAGUUGUCAGGCACUCUGAUGGCAGUUGUAGGAAUGACACUCAUCAUUAUGUAUCAUCAAAAGAAAGUAAGCCCACUGACAAACGUGCAGGUUCAUGGGGAACUUUUGCACAUGCAGACCCAACACCCCCACCAACGCCUCCAGAUGAGAAUGAUCCAGAGUUCUCGUGUUUGUACCUCCUGGUGAACACAGCGAUAUUUGUUUCGGAGCAAGAACAGCGUGCGCUUGCUCUUAGAGCAUAGCAAGAGAAUAAUUCCUGUAACUUAACAACAGAAACAUUUGGCUGUUGAGUCACAGAUCAAGAAUAUUCAUUGUGAUUACAGCACCUGAUAACAAUGGAGUACAGUGAUACGUUAUAGGAAUUUAUUUUCUUGUACAGUUCUUAGUUCUCAGAAUAAUGACUUAUUUUCGAGACAGUGAAGCAGACAUGAAGGUGUACUUUGGAUGCCUUAUUUGCUCAAGAACAUGCUACUUGGACUGAGUAUAGUAUUAAUGUCCUAAGUGUGCCUGUUUUCAUAGUGAUUGCGACUGUUAGUGCGGUACAAAUUGCUGUUGUGGUGAAUAGCAGAGACUGUGCCUUGUUGUUCAUAUCAGACUGUUGAGUGGACUUUGCCUACAAUUUUUGUAAAAUGUACAAACGCUGAUUAGUAAAGUUACUGUGUCUUCAUCUCAGGUUGCAGGGAAGACAUGCUACUGACCACACACUGCCAGGAACAUUUUAUGAAUUUUAUAUUUAAAAUUGACAAUGGUUGUUAACCUGAUGAUUUUUUUCUGGCAAUGAUUAAUGUAUGAUAAAUCCAGACAUUUCCAAGAAAAAGCAACUUUUACAAUUUCUAGUUGAUUCAGGAUGAAAUUUUAAAUCAUUCCAAUCGACUUCCUUAAUUUUUAACUGAUUUUUUGUUUGCAAAAAUACUUUAAACACCAGCUACAGUUAACUGCCCAAAUUGAAGUCGUGGAAUAUUAACUUGAAUAUACCAUUUGUGCCUCAUCUAACUGGUCUGGAAGUAGCUAAGAUCUUUUUUGCAAUUAUGUGUUAAAACAGUUAUGUUCAUGAUUUUAUUUGUGUUGGGAAUAGGAUGUUUGAUUUUUUGUUCUUGUGAUUUACUGCACAAGUUGUGCUGUUGUAAUGGUCUUUCAAUACCAUUGUAAGUAUAAAACCUGCAGUAACUGAGACACACAAAUAUGUAUUUUGUGGACACAAUGAAGUAAUAAGUAGUGUAGAAUAAAAGCAGAAGCUUUUGUUACUUGACAAUAAUACAGAAA